CCCCUCUAAGUUUCUCAACCUGCAGAUGAGGAAGCGGGAAGCAGAAGGGCAGACAGACAGACGGACGCGGACACCGUCCGGUAGCACGGCCUGGGAGACCACGCACCCCCGCCGUCCUGUCCAUCCACCCCAGGCCGACCCCUACCUCAGGUGACGUCACCGCUUGCCUGCCCCUGGGUGGCCCGGCCAUGGGCAUCAUUCCCCUGGCUCAUCUAGCACUGCUCUGCUCCACGCUGAUGCUCGCCGCUCCCAGGGCGCCGGCGACUCCGGCCCCGACCACGCCCGACCCGGACCCCACCUUCAACGUGACCUUCGACCCCGCGACGUGGACCCUGACCUGGGCCUGCAUCGCGGGGAACAUCAAAGUGAUGUGGUGCGCGAUGACUGCGACGCAGAGGCGGGUCCUCCGGCAGCCCCGGGGAUGCCACUGCCGGUUCCAGCCCGUGGAACUGCACCAUGGAGCCACGCUGGAGGUCAACGGGACGGUCCGGGGCGCCCCCGCGAGCCGGAGGUUGAGCUUCGUCAACUCAGGCGCAGCAGGCUCAGGGGCAAAAGACCUGACGUGCGAGAUACGCGAGGCGCGGUUCCUGUCCUGCGAGUGGCAGGUGGGGCCUGCGGCGCCUGAGGACGUGCGGUACUCGCUGCGAGUCCUUAACUCUACGGGUCACGACGUCGCGCGCUGCUCUGCUCCUCCGGGUGAUGACUUGAUCACCACACGCUGCCAGGCGGACGACCUCUCGCUGCUUGGGAGCCGGGCCUACGUGGUCGUGACUGGUCGUAGCCAGGCGGGGCCGGUGCGCUUCCUGGACGCCAUGGUGACCACGAAGCUGAUCGAGCGUCUCGGCCCCCCGCUCAACGUCACCAUGUCCUGUAACUCUUCCCACUGCGCUGUCCAAUGGUCGCCGCCCCCGACCUGGGCGCCCAUGACCCCCCGGGACUUCCGCUUUGAGGUUGAGUGGCAGAGCGCCGGACCUGGAAGCGUUCCCCGGAAGGUGCGAAUCGAGGAGGAGACCAGCCUCGCCUUUCCUAGCCCCGCCUCCCGCGGUCGCCUUGCAGUCCGGGUGCGCGCAGGCGACGUGCGGAGCGCGCGAUGGAGCGACUGGAGCCCCGCCCUCGAGCUCGGCUCGGAAGACGCCCCUCCUCCUGGUCCGCUCGCGUACGCGGUGCCGGCUUGCGCGGUCCUACUGUGCGCAUUCGCGCUCGGGGCAGCAUGCAGGAGGACCGCGGCGAUACAGCGACUCUUUCCCCCGGUCCCCGGGAUCAGGGACAAAGUGUCGGAUGACGAGCGCGUGAACCCGGAGACCCUCAGAAAUGACCUCCUGCUUCCGGCUGCAGCGCGCGAUGACGUCACCCCUGCCACUACGAUGGGAAGUCCCGCUUGUGACUGACUGACGGGAUAUCAGUUUUGUUUUUUGUUUUUAGCGGGAAAAUAAACAUAGUCGCCUUUGUCGUCAA